AUGCGCUCCUUCUUCCAGUUCGUCACUACGCCGACGGCAGACACACCCGGCACCACACUAAUCCUGCACUUCGACAACAAACGUUAUCUGAUUGGAAACAUUGCCGAGGGUACGCAGAGGGCUUCAGUCGAACAGAAAGUUCGCCUCUUGAAGGUGUCGGAGCUCUUCUUGACCGGAAACACAACCUGGGAAAGGACUGGUGGAUUGAUCGGCAUGAUCCUGACACUGGCCGACGCUGCCUCGUCCAGUGCCCAUGCCAGCUUGUUGGAAACCAAGAGAAAGAUUUUGAACAAACUAGAGCGUGAGGGUACCGCAAUAAACGAUGAAGACAUUGAUGAGCAGGCCGCUCGUGAAGUCAAGGAUAGAGCGCGACUUCAAAUCUUUGGAGGGCCUAAUCUCAACUACACCUUGGCGACUGCUCGCCGCUUUGUCUUUCGCAAGGGAAUGCCCGUUGAUGUGCACGAGUUCGGCCACGACCUUGCUCAAGACCCCAGCCCUUCAGUCGAGCCUACAUGGUCAGAUGACAAUAUUCAAGUAUGGGCGUUGCCCAUUUCUCCGGCCUCGAAAGUGCUGAGCGGCUCGAGUAGCCCUCGUAAACGCAGCUACGAUGAGCUCAAUGGACGUGAGGUUCCGAAUACUCGUUCGCCCCUGCACCCUGUAGACAAGGAGAAAGCCCUUAUGAUGUCAAAGGCUGUAGUUGCAGAGAUGUUUGACUCCUCAUGGCGGAUGGACGCACUUGUCGAGACACCCAUCAACGAAGUACAGCUGCCUGCUACGCUAUUCGUUCGUGAUCCCGAGACUCACAAGAUGACAAAGUACAUUGGCCCCAUGCCAGGAGGUAAAGAACCAGUCCCAGAUAUCAAGGUCCUGGUCCGCCGCCCUUGGCCUGGUGCUCUGAUCGAAUCUCUUCCUCCCUCAGAGCCCGCCAAGGUAGCCAUGUCGUACAUCUUCCGCAAUCACAUAGUGAGAGGCAGAUUUCAGCCCCAAAAAGCUAUAGCACUGGGCGUUGAGAAAGGCCCCAAGUUCGGAGCUCUAGGCAAGGGUCAAAACGUCGAGAACGACAAAGGCGAAAUUGUGACCCCAGAUAUGGUUAUGGAACCGAGCAAACAAGGUGGAGGCGCGGCUGUAAUAGAUCUGCCUUCCUGCGAAUAUGUUGAAGCCCUCGUCUCGCGACCCGAAUGGAAAUCGGAGGAAAUCAUGGCAGGUGUUGGUUCUUUCAUUUGGAUGCUUGGCCCGGACGUUGCAUCACACCCCAUGCUCAAGCAGUUCAUGGAGGAUAUGAAGCAUAUGAAGCAUAUCGUGUCUUCUCCGGAACUCUGCUCCAACAGAUUGGCUCUUGACUCGGCCGCAGGUGCUACGGUACGUCUAGGUCAAAUUGAUCCUAGACGCUUCGACGUUCCAGUGCACAAUAAUACGACUGCUUCACACGAGUCUACCAAUGGUUUGGAAGGGUUGGUCACGAUUGCCGACCGCGGACAAAAGGUGCAGCUUGAGCCAUCCCUGGAAAUUCAAGACGAUGAAAUCAAUACUCUACUGGAUAUCGANAAAGUCAAGACAGAGAUGUCGAAAAACGUCCUUGACCUCGCACAAAAAGCUCAUGAAGAUGUCAAAGCUAGCAAGCAAAGUCUCGAAGCCUGGGCAGACAGUCUACCCCAGAAGGACGUCGAAAUCACUACCUUGGGAACUGGUUCAGCCUUGCCAUCUAAAUAUCGUAAUGUCUCGGCAACACUUGUGCGCGUGCCUGGGUGGGGUUCGAUGCUUCUCGAUGCUGGCGAAAAUACUUUGGGCCAGCUGAGGCGUGUGUAUGCACCCAAGGUUCUCGACGAGAUCAUGAGAGAGUUGCGGGUGAUCUGGAUCAGUCAUAUGCACGCCGACCAUCACCUUGGUACUGUAUCGGUCAUCCGCGAAUGGUACAAGGUAAAGCAUGGGUCACAACCAGGGCCAACACUCAACCCGGGGAGCGAUGUUGACUUCGAUGCCGCUUCUAUAUUCAGCAAACAAGAUCGUCUGUCUGUAAUCUCGGAGGUAGCAAUGUUGCACUGGCUUGAGGAAUACAGCCAUGUCGACGACUACGGCUUCUCACGAUUGGCGCCAUUGUGUAUCACUCCCAACUUUUAUCAGAGAGGCCUCCGAUCCACUCUGCAAUGGUUCAUCCCACCUGCUUCGUCGCAGGUGCUCAGUGGCGGUGCUUCUGUUACAGGCGAACCGUGGGCAGAGAAAGUCGCCCGCGCCCAAGUCUUGCCACAGGCACUGAAUCUCCAGGAUAUCCAAUGUGUGCAGGUUCAGCACUGUCACGGAGCUCGUGCUGUGUCUGUGACAUUCCCUUCGGGCUUCAAGGCUUCAUAUUCUGGUGACUGCCGGCCAUCCAAACCGUUCACGCAUAUCGGCAAGGGCAGCACGGUCUGCAUCCACGAGGCAACCUUCGACGACGAGUUGCAAGGCGAUGCCGAAGCAAAGAAUCACACCACAACUAGCGAGGCUCUAAGCGUGGCUCUGGGCAUGGAAGCGAAAGCCUGCAUCUUGACUCACUUCAGCCAGCGAUACCAGAAGGUACCUGUAUUAGAAUACACAGACGAAGAGGACGGCACUGUCAACUCGCUCGCAGCGAGCGGAGAUGAGAUGGACACCUCCACCAACACCGACGACGAAGCCGAUGCACCUGUGGUAGACACAGCUGCUCCCACAUCUGCAGACAAAGCUCCUGCUGAUCCCGCGAACGCAAACAAAGCAGCAAAGCACAUCAAGAUCAAGGCGGGAAGUGAGAUGAAAGUCUGCGUUGCUUUCGACUACAUGAAGAUCAAGGUCGGCGAGAUUGCUCAGAUGGAGAAAUACACAGACGCUCUCGUAGCUUUGUUCGCUGAAGAAGAGUCUGCAGAGGAAACCAAACCUGAAGCGCCUAAGAAGAAGGCNAAAGGUGGCAAGGCACAGCGUAACAACUGA